CGAAUGUCAAUGGAAGCAUAAAUUUAAAAAAAAAUAUAUAAUAGACUAUUUAAAGAAAAUGUUCUUGUUUUCGAUAUGACAAGCCCGACAUUCGACGAUAUUGAGGAUCAGCUUGAUAAUUUUAUCAUACGAAAACCAAGAGAGAAUGUAAACACAUAUGCGGCUGCACGAAAAGAAACAAAGGAUGGACAACAAAUUCAUGAGCAUUUACCAUUGCUUGUUAAUGAUAUAUUAGGAUCGUCCCCAGACCCAGACGAUAAAGGAGUGUUCACGGUUUUCAAUCCGACCACACUGAAGUAUCGUACCUGCCUGGCUUACGGGUUUGUCGCAGGUCGGGGCGUCCAUAACAAAUCGUUUUACAAGUACAUAAUCGACGAUGGAACUGGCACAAUGGAGUUUAGUAUUUAUGUUAAGCCAAGGGAGUCUGAACUUAUUAAACGUCUUUACAACGAAGCAAACUCCCUGGUAGGAACCGCGGGACUUCAGUACGAAAGGGUAUCAGCUAGCAUGGUGCGACUUUUAGGCAAGGCGCUGGAAUACAUUGAUGGAUCUGUAAUAUUACCCGGAAACAAUGUCUUGCUAUAUGGACGCCCAAAGAGGUUUAGGGAUAAAAAUGUCUUCGAUGUUAUCUCAUUUACUGUGGACAACGGGAAGUCCCGAAAGCUGGAGAUCGCAUUCAAUGACAAUUUGAUAGACUACUACCAGUCUCAUGGGGCUACAUAAUAUUCAUAAUUGCAAAUUUGUAUAUUUAUAAGUUGAAAUUUUACUCAAUA